CGCCCUCCCGCCAAUGACGGCCGGGGCCGUCACCGCGCUGCGUCACGGGGGCGGCCGCCAAGAUGGCGAAGGUGUCGGAGAUGUACGACGUGACUUGGGAAGAUAUGCGUGACAAAAUGAGGAAAUGGAGGGAAGAAAACUACCGAAACAGUGAACAGAUAGUGGAUGUUGGAGAAGAGUUAAUUAAUGAAUAUGCAUCUAAACUUGGAGAUGACAUUUGGAUAAUUUAUGAACAGGUGAUGAUUGCUGCCCUGGACUGCAGUCGAGAUGAUUUGGCAUUGUUUUGUCUUCAGGAGCUCAGGCGGCAGUUUCCUGGGAGCCACAGAGUUAAACGGUUAACUGGAAUGCGAUUUGAAGCUAUGGAAAGGUAUGAAGAUGCUAUCCAGUUAUAUGAUAGAAUUUUACAAGAAGAUUCAACUAACACAGCAGCAAGAAAGCGUAAGAUUGCCAUUCGAAAAGCCCAGGGGAAAAAUCUCGAGGCCAUCCGAGAGCUGAAUGAGUAUCUGGAACAAUUUGUUGGUGACCAAGAAGCUUGGCAUGAACUUGCAGAACUUUACAUCAAUGAACAUGACUAUGCAAAGGCAGCCUUCUGCUUAGAGGAGCUUAUGAUGACUAAUCCACACAACCACUUAUAUUGUCAGCAAUAUGCUGAAGUUAAAUACACUCAGGGGGGGCUUGAAAACCUUGAGCUAUCAAGAAAGUAUUUUGCACAAGCACUGAAGCUUAACAACAGAAAUAUGAGAGCUCUAUUUGGACUUUAUAUGUCUGCCAGUCAUAUUGCUUCCAAUCCAAAAGCAAGUGCAAAAAUGAAAAAAGAUAAUAUGAAAUAUGCCAGCUGGGCAGCAAACCAAAUAAACAGAGCAUACCAGUUUGCAGGUCGCAGUAAGAAAGAAACUAAAUACUCUUUGAAGGCAGUGGAAGACAUGUUGGAGACCCUGCAAAUCACUCAGUCUUAGUUUGGCACAGAGAUCUAAUAUGAAAUUUUCCAACUCAACCUGUGGGUUAUGUUACUCUAGUGCUGUUAAAAGUUAAUUUUGUAUUGAUUAACAUGCUAUAUAAAAUAACAUUUUAUGAAAAGUAAAAUGCCUAUUUAUUGCUGCUAUAAAGAAAUGCGAUUAUUACCCACUGAAAUGAAUAACUUAUCCACAUAAACAAUAUAAAGAAACGAUGUGCUGCAUAUCAGUCUCCUCAGAUUUUUGUAUGUACAGUACCUGCUUCUAAGCCAUAAUUUGUAGAAAUAAACUUGUUAAAUGAUUAAAAAAAUAUGGAGACUUAUUGAACUUGCAAAUGGAAAUCACAAAUUUACAUAUGUAGAUUAAUAACGUAUGCUAAAUAUUUUUCUUACUUGCAUAUUUAAGAGUUAAAGCAUGCUACAGAGGUACACUCUGGAAAAUACAUCAAGGAGUGAUUAUGAGUACACUUUAUUAGAGAAGGUUUGUUACGGGUUUUUUUUAAUGAAUUGAUAUCUAAUACUGUAGAAAUGGAGAAAAUUUGCUCAUGGACUUUGCUUCAGAGGUGCUGUGGUACUGGCUUAUGGCUAAAGACAUUCUUCUCCAUGGCUUUGUGGGCAAAUGCUUCUGUGUCCACAUAAUUCUCCAAUCAGUAUAUGGAUAUUCCCUCUUUUUUAUUCCUUCUCUGUGUCCUUUGCUGUACUUGUGUUUCACAUGGUGAAUUUCAGCUGGGGCUCUGUGCUGGUCUCUACUGGUUCUGUGCCCCUGGUGUGGGCACCCCUUUGCUGUGAUGCUUUGGCUUCUCCACACUGAGCAAGAGGUACUGCACUGAAAGGGUGACACGAGACAGCUUGUUCAGCUGCCUUGUACUUACUGGGGGAUAGUGUUUGUUACACCAUCAGCAUGAAGCAUCUGUCACACUGCAAAACUGUAUUCUGUUUGUCUUUAGGCACUUGUUUAUUUACUCAGAUAAUUAGUCAAACACCCUAAUUAAAGCAUUUUGCACUUCUGAUCA